GUUGAACAGGUGAUCACAGAAGCCGGAAACCGAGGCCACUUGGGCAUCCCUCCCCUUGCCUCUGCCAGGACCCAGUGCCCCAAAGACAGUGGGGAAACCAUGGCGACCAAUUUCAGUGACAUUGUCAAGCAAGGCUACGUGAAGAUGAAAAGCAGGAAGCUCGGGAUCUACCGGAGGUGCUGGCUGGUGUUCCGGAAAUCCUCCAGCAAGGGGCCCCAGCGGCUGGAGAAGUAUCCAGAUGAGAAGUCAGUGUGCCUCCGAGGCUGCCCCAAGGUGACCGAAAUCAGCAAUGUCAAGUGUGUCACGAGGCUCCCCAAGGAGACCAAACGGCAGGCAGUUGCCAUUAUAUUCACCGACGACUCAGCGCGUACCUUCACGUGUGACUCAGAGCUGGAGGCGGAGGAGUGGUACAAGACGCUCUCUGUGGAGUGUCUGGGGUCACGGCUCAACGACAUCAGUCUGGGAGAGCCCGACCUCCUGGCCCCAGGGGUGCAGUGCGAGCAGACAGACCGCUUCAAUGUCUUCCUGCUGCCCUGCCCCAACCUGGAUGUGUAUGGCGAGUGCAAGCUGCAGAUCACCCAUGAGAACAUCUACCUCUGGGACAUCCACAACCCCCGCGUGAAGCUUGUCUCAUGGCCCCUCUGCUCAUUGCGCCGCUAUGGCCGGGAUGCCACACGCUUUACCUUCGAGGCUGGCAGGAUGUGCGACGCUGGGGAAGGGCUCUACACGUUCCAGACACAGGAGGGGGAACAGAUUUACCAACGGGUCCACAGUGCCACCCUGGCCAUUGCCGAGCAGCACAAGCGGGUCCUGCUGGAGAUGGAGAAGAAUGUGAGGCUGCUGAACAAGGGCACGGAACAUUACUCAUAUCCCUGCACACCCACUACCAUGCUGCCCCGCAGUGCCUACUGGCACCACAUCACAGGUUCCCAGAACAUUGCUGAAGCCUCCAGCUAUGCCGGUGAGUUGCUGCUGUGCCCCAGCCCCACCUGCCAGAAGGCUCUGUGGAGGAUAAGGCCUACUGGGCAGGGGUCUUUCCACUUGGAUCUGUGUUAUGAGCCUGCUUCUGUACCCACAGGUGAGGGGUAUGGGGCAGCCCAGGCCAGCUCAGAAACGGACCUCCUCAACAGGUUCAUCCUGCUAAAGCCAAAGUCCAGCCAGGGGGACAGCAGCGAAGCCAAAACUCCAUCCCAGUGACAACAGGGUUGGCACACACUGAUGACUGCUGGGGGCCACCAGUUGCAGGGCUGACUGCAGUGUACCGUGGACAGCCUCAAGGGGCCGUUGGCCAAGAGCCUGGAGAAAGGGAGCAAGCUGUCCCUUCCUUGCCCCCAAGGGUGAGGCUGGACCAAGGCAAAGGGCUGGCCACAUCACCUGAGCAUGUGUGAGGGGCUAGAGCUACCGUGGAACUAUAUACUGUUAAUGAUUUUAAUAUAUAUGGCUUAUGACAUAUUCUACAUUAAUGAGAUUUCCCCCUCUAUCCCUCCCUGCCAACACAUACACAUUUUUUAAUCCCGUGACUGAGCCAUGGUCAAGGAUGUUGUUGAGUAUGAGGGCAGUUGUUUCCCUGUCCUUCAUGGUACAGCCCUCCUGCUGCCAGGGCCAGAGAAAAUGGACAAUCAGAACUCAAGGCUGGUACUCUGACCACUGGCUUUUCCCAAGCAGACCAGGGGCCAAGACAGCAGGUGGCUCCUCGGUUCCUCUGGGCCUAAAGUGGCACCGGAAGGAUCGACUUCCACUGUGCCAUCUGGCAGCCUUGAACUUGGGAGUUUUAGGCAGAGGUGACAUCUGGUUGAUGCCUCAGGUGAAAAUCUGGUUUUAAAAUGUAACUUCUGCACAGGCUUCUUCCUGCUUAGUAGGCUGAGAAGACGCCCUCAGGGUGGGGGUGCUGAUUACCUUGGCCAAGUGGAGGAUAGCUAGAGCUCGUUCCUGCCCAGGGCCAGGCCAGGAGGGAAGGCCGCAGCAGGGCUGCUGUGGGGAGCACCCCUGCUGCCCCCUCACUGACCAGGGGUGGGCAAUGCCCCACCAGAGGGAGCCCCUCUGCCCUGUGUUUGGCCACCCUAUGGCCAGCCAAAAGCACUCAGAAACCAAGACCUUCCCAUUUCCUCCUCCCCACAUGGUGCUGAGGCUCCCUGCUGAAACGCAAUUAAAGCAAUUGAUUUUCUAGUGCUGGUAUUUAUGACUACCAUGCAGAAGGGCUAUCUUUCUAUUCACAUCAAACCUUUAGUUGUUCGGUUUUUUUGUUUUUGUUUUUAAUACUUUAGGGUUCUGAUUUGUGGGAAUAGACCUUGUAAAUAACCACUAUUCAAGUUGUGGCAGGAUAAAGCAAAAGGCCCCCUCCCAAAGAAGCCCUAGAGCCAGGGAGGUGGCGCAGCCAGCUUAGCUCUGAACGUGACCCAGGAAUGAUCACACAGAGGAAUAAGCUAGCCUAAAGAGGGGAACUGGGCUCCAAAGGCCUUGGGGUGGGGGUGGGGGAUGGGGAGGCAGAGCUGGC